CAAAAUGUUUUGGAAGAUAUGAUUUUCCAAGGUUUUGUGGAUACAACGGUUACCACAGACGCACUUUUUGCGAAAAUGCGUACGCUUUUAAAAGCCUACAAGUCUGCCAAAGACAAUGAAAGGCAAACAGGAACUGCUCCUCGCACUAUACCAUAUAUGACAGAAAUGGACGAAAUUUUUGGUGAGAGUUGUUUGGUUGUAAAUAAUCAUACCAUUAACAUAGGAACAGAUCCUCAGGAGGCAUUAAUAGAAACAUGUACAAUCGAGCUGUUAAGAGACUCAACUAGGGUUUCGCCAAUCCCUGAACCGAGCACCUCAAGUCAGUUUCAAGAACUGAGUACCUCCACGCAGUCGCUGAACACACCAACGCGAAGCCGCAACUUACAGCCGAGUACGCCCGCUGCGAGCACACGUGUUAGAAAAACGGCCAGGGAUCGUUACUUUGAAAAUAAACUUGAGCUGAAGAGAAGAAGCUGUGAGGAGAAAGAAAAAUUCCAUGCAGAUAUUCAGCGUAUGUUGCAAAAUUUAGAGAAGAAGCGUGAUUUGCAGCUAGAGUUGGAGGAAAAAAACUUAAAAUAG